AGCGGCUCAUUGAGUAGCUCAGUUGCAAGCGGUGCGGCGGCGGCCGGCGGGCACCUUGGGAUUGGCUUGGCUUGGCUUGCUGCGUCCCCGCGGAUCUUAACACCCUUUAAACUAUCUAAGCACCUCUGUUUAAGCCACCGGCAGACCAUGCCCUCUCUAUGACGGUUACUUGUUAAGCUAACUCUGCAUGCCAGAAGACUGUCCUUGGUUGAUCCAAGGGCUUUUGGGGAUUCCAGCCUCUCCCCAGUUUUUCUGUGUGUGUGUGUUCCUCUAGAACUUUCAAAACUGUUUCUCCAAAGGGUUUUGCAGAAACUUAGACUGUUUUCUAAAGCAGAAGCACCUCAGUCCACAGCAGUAGUGAUGGGCAGCGUGCGAACCAACCGCUACAGCAUCGUGUCUUCGGAAGAGGACGGCAUGAAGCUGGCAACCAUGGCCGUCGCCAACGGCUUUGGGAAUGGAAAAAGUAAGGUACACACGAGGCAGCAGUGCAGGAGCCGCUUUGUCAAAAAAGAUGGCCACUGCAACGUCCAGUUUAUUAACGUGGGUGAGAAGGGACAGCGAUACCUGGCAGACAUCUUCACCACUUGCGUGGACAUCCGCUGGAGGUGGAUGCUGGUAAUCUUCUGCCUGACAUUCAUCCUCUCCUGGCUUUUUUUUGGCUGUGUGUUUUGGUUGAUUGCGCUGUUGCACGGGGAUCUGGAGAACCAAGAAAAUAACAAGCCUUGUGUCUCUCAAGUGAGCAGCUUCACUGCAGCCUUUCUGUUCUCCAUUGAGACCCAGACCACGAUCGGCUACGGCUUCAGGUGUGUCACAGACGAGUGCCCCAUUGCUGUUUUCAUGGUGGUUUUCCAGUCUAUAGUGGGCUGCAUCAUUGAUGCCUUCAUCAUUGGUGCCGUCAUGGCAAAGAUGGCUAAACCAAAAAAGAGAAACGAAACUCUUGUCUUCAGCCACAACGCCGUGGUGGCCAUGAGAGAUGGGAAACUGUGCCUGAUGUGGCGUGUCGGAAACCUGAGGAAAAGCCACUUGGUUGAGGCACACGUACGAGCACAGCUCCUCAAGUCCAGGAUCACGUCAGAAGGGGAGUACAUCCCUUUGGAUCAAAUAGACAUCAAUGUAGGGUUCGACAGUGGGAUAGACCGCAUAUUCCUAGUCUCCCCAAUUACAAUAGUACACGAAAUAGAUGAAGACAGUCCUUUAUACGACUUGAGCAAACAAGACAUGGACAAUGCUGACUUUGAAAUUGUAGUCAUUUUAGAGGGCAUGGUGGAAGCCACUGCCAUGACUACCCAGUGCCGCAGCUCAUAUCUGGCAAACGAAAUCCUCUGGGGCCACCGCUAUGAGCCCGUACUCUUUGAAGAAAAGAACUACUACAAAGUGGACUAUUCAAGGUUCCACAAAACAUACGAAGUGCCCAACACACCCAUCUGCAGUGCCAGAGACUUAGCAGAAAAGAAGUACAUUCUCUCGAACGCAAACUCCUUUUGCUACGAGAACGAAGUGGCCCUCACCAGCAAGGAGGAGGACGAGAUCGACACGGGGGUACCCGAAAGCACGAGCACAGACACCCACCCCGACAUGGACCAUCACAACCAGGCAGGAGUGCCCCUAGAGCCACGGCCGCUGCGGCGCGAAUCGGAAAUAUGACUGGCAAACAAUUCCUCUCUCUUUCGGUUGAAAGGAAAGAAAAAUAAAUAAACAGCUAUCGGUCAAAGGCACGCUGACCUGAGAAGUUGGCCCAGAACAGUUUUCAGACAACGGUACUGUUGAAGAGCGGCGUGAAGGCAAGCAGACCUGAGAAACCCCGGCUGGUUUGAGGGCUGUCCUCAGAGGAGGGACGACAGAGAAUGAACUCUAAACACAAAGCACUAAACAUGUCUAAGUAUGAACAGAAGGCACAUAUGUUGUAGAAUAAAUUAUGUAUAUAUUUUUUUACAAAACUUGAACUUGCAGGCAAGCUUUGGUUGGGUUAUUAUUAUUUUUUUUUUUUUCCAACUUUUUCCAGAAUGCUUCUCUCUAGGGAACAAGAAUGUUUUUAAUGGCAUAACAAAGGCAAGAAUCUGCCUUAUUAUUAUUAUUAUAAUUAUUUUUUAAAAAGCUGCUGCUAACUACAUGAACACAAAUGGUUAUUUUUGUUGCAGUGUAGUUUUUAUUUUCUCUUGAGUAAUUUAAAAAAAAAAAAAAAAAAAAAAAAAAAAAGGAAAAAAAAGGUCAGUGUUGAACUUUUUGGGGUUGAAAAGCUCGUGAUCACUUCAGAGAGGCCGACGUUGCCAGAAAGUCUAAACUCUUUUUUUGAGGCCAGUAGUUUGAUAGCUAGAAUCAAUUUCUCUCUUUCCAAUUACAUAAGGGGCAUUAUGUAAUAUCAGGCCAAUCAGUAGCCUCCAGCAAAAGGAUGAUUUUUGGGGGGAGAAUUUAAUUCUCUGUCUAAAGGAAGCGAUGAAAUAAAAGAUUAUAUAUAUGCAUAAGAAAAGUACUAAGUUAAAACUACCUACGAGGAUACCAAAGAAAAUGCAGUUUUGCACAGUGGAGUUUAUUUAAGGAAAAAAAAGAAAAAAAGAGGAAAAAGAAGAAAAAAAGACAAGGAAAAAAAAAAAAGGAACAGGCUGCUUUAAACAAACAAAGAAUUUCAAACCUCAGACACUUUUUUUUUGUUUGUUUGUUUGUUUUGAUUUCUUUUUUUUUUUCUUUUUACAACUUUUAUUUUUGCACCUUAUUCUAAAAGCUUAAGACUCGGAUCUACAGUGAGCUAGGGGUCCUCCCCACGCCCCUCCUCUGUAAUGGAAGAAAUCCCCUUCUUGUUUAAGGGGAAGCACAGGGGGGUGAUGGCAGACAACAGACCCCCAUCCCCUGCACUUGCUCACUGCAGCAGUGCCCCAUCUCAGCCUCAGCAUCCUGAGCCACUGGAUGUGCUGCUGGGGUGACACCUGGCCAGAGCUGCAACACAGCACGGCUGGAGAGGGCAUUGCAUAAAGAGCCAAUGCAUAAACCUCCCAUAGAGGAAGUGAGAGGGUAAUGGAGAGGAAAAAAAACUUUCCUGAUGCUUGGGAAUGGCACAGGGGUGAUAAGAUUUGUGAAGAUGAUUCUCUCCAGCAGGGUGAAGGUGUCAGAAAAAGUGAGGCUGUAAAGCGUGUUCCUGCCUCCUGUUCUCCACAAGUAUCAAUGACUGGUGGAUGAGAAGCACCACUGGGCUCUGAGCACACUUUGGCUCUGUGGUGUUUGGCUCCUUUGCCCAGGCUGUAGAGCCUCUGUGUCUCCAAGCUGAAGGAUGCACUGCCUUCGUGGCACGGCUGUUUGCUGCAGAGGGGAGGUGAUGGGGACAGCAACUCUAGUCCACUGUUACAGUAUUGGAUCACUGUAUGCCAUUAAAAAACAGCUUGUUCUAGGUCUAACGUCUUCUGCAAACAGAUAUCUGUGAAGGCUGCUGGCCCCUUCCAGCCCUGCCUGAAAGAAAUGCCUGCAAUGAAACGGUGUCUGGUCAGAUGGGAUCUGGGUGUGAAACGGUGGGAAUUUGACAUUGUAAACGUAGACUUGGUGACUGGAGAGGGCAGAUGAUUGAGUGCACGUAGAAGGCGGUGACUGGGGUGGGGGGAAGUAAUGGAGAGCUGAAUGCAAUGCGACUCGGUCGCAGUUUCUGGGUCAACGUUGGUGAAAACAGCUGAGUACUGCCAGUGCUGCUAUUGUGAUAUACUUGUAAAAGGAAAUACCUAAACCAAAGAGUAUUCAGUGAAACAGAGGGAGCAUGAAAAUGCAAAGGGGAAGGGAUGGAAGUGGGACGCCAAGGAGGAAGAAAGGGUCCUCUCCUCCAGGUCAGUGUUCCCAGGAGCACAGUGCUCUGCAGGAUGAUACUGAAGAUGCCCGAGGGAAGAGAUGGGGGAGAAGGGGAUGCAGGAUUCUGCUUGUUUUUCUAAAGAGAAAUUCAGAGGGGGAAGAAAAAAAAAACACAAAAACAACAGAAAACUACAAAGAUCCCCUCCCCUUAACAUUUCUGGUGCAGAAGUUUGGGGUUUGGGUGUUGGGGUUUUUCUUUUUGUUUUGUUUUGUUUUGUGGUUUUUUGUUUUGUUCUUUUUUUUUUGUUUUUCAAGUCGGUUUUUCAGAACUAUUUUUAAAAUGUACAUUUUAUAAAGUUUAUCAAGUAUUUUCAUAUUUAAAGCCAAAUGUAAAUAGCAGUCUGUAAAGGAGGACAAGGAGAAGAAGAAAAAGAAAAGGCCACAAGAAGUAUAAAUUCUGCUCGGCAGUCUCGGCUAGCUAGUACCUA